AAGUUUGUUUGUUGUAGCAUCGUUUUUGUAGCGUCGGCGUCUUUAUGUGUUUGUUAGCAUAGAGCAGCGACGCAACGUUAGCAUAAUGAGCUCCAUCAUUCAGCCGCUUUACAGUUUUAACUCAGGUUUACUUUGAAUAUGAGCAGAUUUGUGGUAGUUUAUGUAAAUCAUCCCAACUUUGGAGACCUCGUUGGUUUAGCGGCUAACUCCCUUAAGUCCUCCUACCGCACGACGGUUUUUACGGCAGCUAGCAUGCUAAUGAAGCGCCCGAACAAAGAGCAGCGGAGGUUAGCCUGCUGGAGCUAACAGCCAGCUAGCAGCUACACACCGGCAGAUGUUUGACUUUUCUGUCAGCUUUUUGGGUUCUGACUCCACUUUUCUCCGGUUAUCGGCCAGACAGCCGCUGGAAGAGCGAGUGGGAUUAAACUGGGAACGUUUUGACAGCUGCGUCUGACUGGAACGAUGCCACGUAAGAAGGUGACAGAUGUCUCUGGGAAUGGUGGGAUGAAGAAGAAGAGGGCGACUGGGAAAAGGAAAGACAGAGACUUCAGCAGCGAUGAUGAGUUUGACUUUGAGCAGGAGAACAACAAGAAACCCGGCAGGCCUGCAGCCAAGUCCGGUCUGCAGCCCGUCACCGUGGCGGAUGACGUCAAAGAGAAAAUUAAACUGGAGUUACCAAAGGUGAAAGGUCAGCUGCUCAUCUUUGGAGCUACUAACUGGGAUUUGAUUGGAAGAAAGGAGGUUCCCAAACAACAAGCUGCUUUCCGUAACCUGGGUCAGAACCUGUGGGGUCCGCACCGUUACGGCUGUCUGAACGACAUCCAGGUGAGCUGUGUGGUGUCGGGUCCGUGCGCUGCACACAGUCUCCUCAUGACCACCGAGGGCCGGCUGUGGAGCUGGGGUCGGAAUGACAAAGGUCAGCUGGGUCACGGAGACACCAAACGUCUGGAGGCUCCGAAGGUCAUCGAGGGCCUGGCAGAUCAGGUGAUUGUUUCUGCCGCCUGCGGACGCAAUCACACGCUGGCACUCACAGACGACGGUACCGUUUUCUCCUUUGGGGAGAACAAACUGGGUCAGCUCGGCCAGGGCAGCCAGACCGAUGCUGUCCUCAGCCCGGCACCGAUUUCCUACAACGGCCAGCCCCUGGUGAAGCUAGCCUGCGGCGCCGAGUUCAGCAUGGUGGUGGACUGUAAAGGAAACCUGUACUCCUUCGGCUGCCCGGAGUACGGACAGCUAGGUCACAACAGCGACGGGAAGUUCAUCGCCCGCGCUCAGCGCAUCGAGUUCGACUGUGAGCUCAUCCCACGGCGCGUUGCCAUCUUUAUUGAGAAGUCCAAGGACGGGCAGGUCAUGCCGGUGCCCAAUGUGGUGGUCAGAGACGUGUCCUGUGGAUCCAACCACACGCUGGUGUUGGACUCCCAGAAACGAGUCUUCAGCUGGGGCUUCGGCGGUUACGGCCGCCUGGGUCACACAGAGCAGAAAGAUGAGAUGGUUCCUCGGCUCGUCAAGCUGUUCGACUUUCCCGGCCGCGGCGCCGCUCAGAUCUAUGCCGGGUACCAGUGUUCCUUCGCCAUCAACGAGAUGGGGGUGCUGUUUUUCUGGGGGGUGACCAACACGUCCAGAGAUUCCACCAUGUAUCCCAAAGCUGUGCAGGACCUGUGUGGCUGGAAGGUCCGUAGUUUGGCCUGUGGGAAAAGCAGCAUCAUCAUCGCAGCUGACGAGAGCACCAUCAGCUGGGGGCCGGCGCCCACGUUCGGAGAGCUGGGAUACGGAGACAGCAAACCCAAAUCCUCCACUACGGCUCAGGAGGUUAAAACUCUGGAUGGGAUCUACGUGGAGCAGGUGGUGAUGGGAUACGCCCACUCGCUGGUCAUCGCCCGGCAGGACGCUCAGCAGGAACAAGAGAAGCUGAAGAAGCUUCCAGAGUACAACCCCCGAACAAUCUGAGAGGCUCUCCAGCACCGCCGGCCGGUUCUGCCCAAGCGGGCCAGUGGGUUUUUCCUGGUUUGUUAUCCGGUGGGACGGUCGGGUUCAGCGCCGCACAAAACAUCUCAACUACCAGCAAACUUGCUCCACACAACGAUUCGGACACCAAAACCAGAGGGUGGGACAGGACAGUCCAUUACAGAACCGGCACUUAGCUCAACGCAGCCGUGCUUCCCAAAAUUCCCAGUUUUCAGUUCAUAUUCCAGUUCAGCAUCCUUGUUUGUCGUUUUUGUUCGUCUGUUUUCUGGAGGUAAAGAAGAACCUUCGGACUUUUCCCUCCGGGGCCUCAGAGACCAACACUCCGUACCCGUGCCUUUUUCUACGUCCACGUUCAGGUUACGGAGGAUCAGCUGAUCGUUUAUUUGGCGGUUCCGGCCGCCGUCCAGUCGGGAUGUGGAACACGGCGUUCCACCUGACGUUGUUACAUUCCUUCAGUGUUUGCAUCCAGGAUGCCUCCGAGUCCCUCAGCUCUCGUCUUCACUUGUGUUGUAACGCUUAAAGCGGGUUCAGAAACGGGUCAGAACCAAGUCUGGAACUGGUCCCACGUCCCAGUAGGGAAGGUGUUUGUACUGAGUUCUGUUUUUUACGCUCAUGUUUUUCUUUUCCAUUGAAAUGAUUAAAGAUUCGUGUAAAAUGA